GAGUAAGUAAUGCAGAUUCGUCACAUUGUCACUGCGCAACUGUACGUGCGUCUCGGCACAUUCUCGCUGCGUAGUUUUUGGUGCACUUUGACAUUUUGGCAACUGCGCAGUUGUGAGUGCACAUUGGCACAUUGUUACUGCGCAGUUGUGAGUGCGUGUCGGCAUAUCGACACUGCGUUGUUCUUUAAGAAAAGUCGUUAAUGCGGGGCGACAGCGUGUCGCCGCUGUCGCCGAGUGUGGUUCGAUGGCUCAGGCGUAGACAGUGAGACGAUCGAGAGGGCAGUGUGCUCUAGAAUUCGCCUGUGAAAGCAUCGGAACGCGCUUCGCUGAAAAUGGACAAUCAAGCUACGGCAGAUCAAACUUCGACAUCAGAAGUGGGAUUCGGCCCUGAACAAUCUACUGCAAGGGAUGUCUUCACGUUGCUAGAGCAGCAAAACAGAAAUUUUUUGACAUUGCUUAAGGGGCUACAGACGCCGGCGAGCGAGGUGCAACCUAGUAGCGAGAUCUGCUUGCCAAAAUACAAUCCGGACAUUGCGGGUGUAGACGCCACGCAGUGGGCCGCUACAGUCGAUAUAAUUUUACAAACAAAACCAUUGAGUGACAGCGCGCUAAUAUUAGUGUUGAGUAAAGCCUUGGAAGGCUCAUCGGCCCAGUGGUUAUCACAAAUUUGUUACCCAGGAAUAACCUGGCCACAGUUCCGGCAAUUAUUUGAGCAGCGUUACGAAACAUCGGAGACGCCAGCUGCUGUCAUUUCGAAUCUACUUAGCAGCCGUCCAAGCAAUGGUGAAAGCUUGCCCGUUUAUGCGAGUCGCUGCGUGACGUCACUAUGUACAAAACUCCGAAAUUUGAGUUCAGAACAAAUUGCCAUCGCGUUGGUUCUGGGACACAUGGGUAAUUUCGACCGACGUUUGCAGCGGACGCUACAUACAACGCAUAUAACUAGUCGACGAGAACUGCAAGCGGAGUUGCAAGCGUUCUCGGCACUGAGAGAACGUCCUGUCAUGUCAAAUGGGGAACCAGAGGCCAAGCGUGCUAGAACCAUGGAAAUCAAAUGCUAUCAAUGUGGAAAACCUGGCCAUAAGAAACAAGACUGCAAAUCUGGAAAGAGUACUCAGGCUCCGGCAACUGCGAGGGAGUGGCGCUCAGGGCAGCCUCGACUUGGAAGGGCUAAUGUGAUAUGCUACAGAUGUCAGGAGCCAGGACACAUUGCCACAAAUUGCCCGAAUAAAAAGCAGAGUACCGGAUCGGGAACGAAAUCGGAAAAAAGAGUGGAGCUGUGCGCUGUAGGGGAGCCUCAAUCGAGUAUGCUGGUAAAUGGUGAGAAAUUUCCAAUUACAUUUGACUCGGGAGCCGAGUGCUCAUUAGUUAAAGAAAGCACAUCUAAUAAGAUAGUUGGUAAGAGGAUUCAUAAUGUUAUCGCGUUAAAGGGAAUAGGUAAUGCCAAUAUUUGUAGUACUGUACAAAUUGAAUCAAACAUCAUGAUUGACGGUAACUCGUUGGUUGUUUUGUUCUAUGUAGUGCCAGAUGAAUGCAUGAAGAAUAAUAUUGUAAUUGGCAGAGAGAUAUUGGCUCAAGGGUUCUUAGUGGAAGUUGCGUACGAUAAUUUUAAGAUUGUCCAAAGUAAAGUUGUAAACAUUUGCGAAACCUAUCAACCCACUAAUUUCGAUGCCAUUGAAACUGAAAUGCUUGGAAAAGAAAAAGAAAUUUUAAUAUCAUUAUUGAAACAAUACUCAAAAUCUUUUAUUGAAGGCACUCCACAAACGCGGGUGGAUACUGGGGAAAUGCAUAUUCGUUUGAUUGAACCAACUAAGACCGUGCAAAGGCGACCAUACAGAUUUAGUCCAAGCGAAAGGGAGUUAGUACGUGCUAAAAUUAAAGAAUUAAUCGAGUAUAAAGUUAUCAGACCUAGUAGUUCACCAUUUGCUAGUCCUGCAUUAUUAGUAAAGAAGAAAAAUGGUUCAGCAAGACUUUGUGUUGAUUAUAGAGAAUUAAAUAAAAAUACUGUAGCUGAUAAGUUCCCAUUACCGUUGAUAUCAGAACACAUAGCUAGACUUAGGGGAGCUAAAUAUUUUACUUCUCUUGAUAUGGCUAGCGGGUACUACCAGAUUGCAAUGCACCCUGAAUCGAUUGAGUGUACUGCUUUUGUUACUCCUGAUGGGCAGUAUGAAUUUCUUUCAAUGCCUUUCGGAUUAAAGAACGCACCCUCAGUUUUUCAAAGAGCUGUAUUGAAAGCACUUGGAAACCUUGCCCAUACGUUUGUAAUUGUUUAUAUGGACGAUAUAUUAAUUGUUUCAGAAACUAAGGAAGAAGCGUAUGAGCGAUUGCAACAGGUAUUAAGCGUUCUGGUGAAGGCUGGGUUCUCUUUAACAUUUCGAAGUGCUUUUUCUUAA